GAACCAGUCUCAAGUUUGUUUUUCUUAUUUCCUUAUUGCUGGCUGGGGAAAACCCCAGGAACACCUUACGGCAGCAGGAGGGGGGUAGCACUGCAUGACGUGUCCUGCAGCUUGUCUGUAGCUGACAUAAGGCCAUCGGGCAACACCUCAGGGCAGGAGGCCCCAAUCCUGGUCCCAAAAUGAUCCCUGGGCUUUCAACACAGCACUGAGCUCAGCAACACCUGCGUCGGUGGGGCGUGGAGCAGGAAGCACGGCACGGGUGUUCGGGCGGAGGUAACACGGGACGCAGGGCAGUGCUGGGGUUGGUACCGCGAUGGGAGUUGAGGGUGCACGCCCCAAGCGUCUCUGUGACCCUGGUUACCCACGGCCGCCCCAGCUCCGCGGGAUAAAGAUGCUGGUCCGCGUCUUCUUCGCCCUUGUGUGCGCGGCCGCGCUCUCCGUGUUCUACGUGCUGCUGUGCCGUGAGGCCGUGGGGCAGAGGGACGCCUCCGCGUUCACCGCGCCCGCAGCGCUCAGCUUGCAGGGCUACAGCCGCGUCCCCGACGGGAAGCUGCUGCGCAGAGCUCCGUGCCGCCGCUGCGCCGUCGUCUCCAGCUCAGGGCAGAUGCUGGGAUCGCACCUGGGCCGGGAAAUCGACGGGCAGGAGUGCGUGCUGCGCAUGAACCAUGCCCCCACCGCCGGCUUCGAGGAGGACGUGGGCACACGGAGCACCGUCCGUGUCGUGUCGCACACCAGCGUCCCCCUGCUGCUCAGGAACCAGCCCUACUUCUUCCAGCAGUCCCGAGACACCAUCUACGUCAUUUGGGGUCCCAGCAGGAAGAUGAGCCGCGAGAAGGGCGGCCCGACGUACCGGACGCUGCUGAGGGUGCUGCAGAUGUACCCCUACCUGCAGCUCUACACGCUGACUGAGGAGAAGAUGGAGUAUUGCGACGACGUCUUCCAGAACGAGACAGGGAAGAACAGGAUGAAAUCCGGCUCCUUCCUGAGCACGGGGUGGUUCACCAUGAUCCUGGCCAUGGAACUGUGCGAGCACAUCUGCGUCUUCGGCAUGGUCAGCGACAGCUACUGCAGGGAGAAGAACCACUCGAGUGUGCCUUACCACUACUUCGAGAAGGGGCGGCUGGACGAGUGCAGGAUGUACCUGGUGCACGAGAAGGCCCCCCGCGCCGGGCACCGAUUCAUCACCGAAAAAGCCAUCUUCUCCCGCUGGGCCAAGAGGAAGGACAUCAUCUUCACCCACCCGUCGUGGGCAGGGGGGUAGGAGCGGCGGCAGUGCGGUUGGAAGCCCCUCAGUAUGCCCGGUAUUGGGGGUCUGCAGCUGCUGGGGGGGCAGCAGUGGGGACCCCGUUGCGUUGGAGUGCAUGGGACAGGGCUGCAUCCACCGAGACCCCCCAGCUGCAGGCCCUGAGCUGGCUUGGAGCCGUGCAGGAUGGAUGUUUAAUGUGGGAUGGACCCUGAUGGUCUGGCACCUGGUGCCACAUAUGGGGCACGUGGAGUGGGGCCGGGACCCCCUGUCCCACAACCCCCAUGUGUCCCCUGCCCGCAGCACUGAGCUGCCUUGCCACAAGUGCCCUUGGAUUCAGACCAAAGCCGACUUGCCCAUUAAAAGCAUUUUUAAGUCCACGCUGAGCCCGCAGCAGUGCUGGGACACGGAGGUGCGUGGGGUCGGGGCGGCAGCUGGGUUUGUCCAUCUAUAAAUAGGGUGGGGAUCUGACGGACGGGGUCAGAGCACGGAGCAGGCGCUGAGAUCCGGUGGAUGGGGUCAUGCGGGGAGCCGCGGUGUGCCAAGGGAUGGGUGCAGCGAGGCUGUGGGGCAGCAAAUCUACGGGGCGGCGGGAGACUCGUGUCGGUUUCCAUGGUAGAGUGCCCCGUGGGCCCCCCCGUGCCUCUCAGCCCCGCGAGAUGAGCUCAGCCCACGGCGCUGCGCCGUAUCCCGGCAGUGUCACGCGCGCACCCACCCACGCGCCCCGCGCAGCCCAAUCCGGGGCCGUCCC